UUCUAUAAUUGAUAUCAUGGCGGAAAAGACAGACAUUGAUAUGAAUUCUGGCGAUGAAAUUGUUAUUUCCGGUAUCGCUGGAAGAUUUCCAGAUUCAAAUAAUAUGAAUCAGUUAGGAGAAAAUCUAUUCAACAAGGUUAAUCUUGUUAGAGCAGAUCAUCGUCGAUGGGACAUAGAGCAUCCGGCUUUACCAGAACGCAUGGGGACAAUUAACGAUGUGGAAAAAUUCGAUGCUGAUUUCUUCAACAUAUCUAUCGAGCAAGUCCACGCGCUCGAUCCUAUGGCAAGAUUAUUAUUGGAACAUGCUUAUGAAGCAAUUGUCGACGCGGGGAUCAAUCCAAUGCAAUUGCGAGGAAAAAAGACUGCCGUGAUCGUAGGGAUGACUGUUCUCGAGUUGCAGGAGAAAUUUAUGUAUGAGAAUCUUAAGCAAUUUUUUUGCUGUAUCAUUGGAUGCAGCAAAUCUACAAUGGCAAAUAUCCUUUCGUACUAUCUGAACUUAAAAGGACCGUCCUACACAGUUGAUACAGCAUGCAGUUCUAGUCUUUAUGCCAUGGCUCUUGGUUAUCGCGAUAUCAUAUCGGGCCGAUGCGAGGACGCAAUAAUUGGGACCGCACAUUUAUGUUUACAUCCAGUUAUAAAUCUGAAUUUCUCUCAUCUUGGUAUUAAAUUAAUUAAAAUCCCACCUUUUGAUACUGAUAGCAGCGGUUAUUCGCGUAGCGAAACCGUAUCGGUGAUAUAUCUUCAAAGGGCAAAAAAUGCUAAAAGAAUUUAUACUACGUGUAAGCAUAUUAAAAUAAACAAUGACGGUUAUAAAGAAGAGGGAAUAACGUUCCCGUCGACGCAUAUGCAGAGCAUUUUGAUGACGGAGCUUUAUAAAGAAUGCGGAAUAUCGCCGCUUUUCUUGGAUUACAUGGAAGCACACGGUACUGGUACUAAAGUUGGUGAUCUUGAAGAAGUCAAUGCUAUACAUAAUGUUUUGUGUAAAGAUAGAAAGAUCCCACUGAUGAUCGGUUCCGUAAAAUCUAAUCUUGGUCACGCUGAACCUGCCAGUGGUUUUACUCAAAUAGCUAAGAUCUACCGCACCGCCUGCUAA